CGAAUGAGCUCAUGGUGAUCUCCACAGAACGGACCACGCGCCAAGCACGGUCACCUUCGCUGUUGAGGAGACUUGCGAGGGGAUCCCAAGAACAGCUCCGACGCGUCCCUGGCCAGCAGUAACGAGCGAACCGGAUCCCGCAGAUCAAUGAAGAAUGCGCGAGCGCACGCACAGUCGAUGAAGCCGGCGGCGGGAUCAUGCGUGUUCUGCCCGAGCCGAGCGCGCAGUCACUGCGGCUGGUGUUUCUCUUCGUCUUUGUUAUGGAUGUAGCGCCGUCACCGGCUCUGACCGCCGGCUGCCCGGACCGCUGCGUGUGCGACGACCAGCUGGUGGUCCAGUGCGCCGGGCAACAGUUAAGCGACUUCCCCGUGGAUCUCCCGCUGGCCACCCGACAGCUGAUCAUCUCCAAUAACCGGAUCGGCGACCUGCCGGCGCUGCAGCUCAACUACCUGUCGGACCUGGUGUACCUGGACUGCAGCAACAACUCGUUGACGGAGAUCUCCGAGUCUACUUUUGGCAACCUGCGCAAGCUCGCCUACCUGGAUCUGUCUUUCAACAGCCUGACGCAGAUCGAGGACCGGACGUUUGGCCCGCUGGCCAGCCUGGUGAUGCUGAGGAUGACGGAUAACCCGGGGCUGUCGGAGAUCCACCCGGACGCGUUCGCGGAGAACGCGGCGCUGCAGGUGCUGGACGUGAGCCGCAACAACCUGACGGCGCUCAACAUCAGCUCUCUGAUCGCGCUGCCGGCGCUGCGCUCGCUGGGGCUCAGCGGGAACCCCUGGAGGUGCGACUGCGACACGGAGGACCUGUGCCUCUGGAUCCAGAUAGAGGGCUUCAAGUUCCAAGAUGAGGGGCAGACGGUGUGCCAGGGGCCGCCAGACAUGCUGGGUCAGCGCCUGGCGGAGGUGGGCAUGCAGCUGCGAUCGGAAUGCCACCAGGGACUGGGUUACUGGGACUACCUGUUCUUCAUCGCCAUCGGUUUCGUCAUCUUCAGUGCCGGGACUGUGUCGGCGUGGGUGAUGGGCGUGCUCAUGGUUCUGUACGAGCGCUACAGCAAGAGGAAGAGCGAGGAGCUCGACAGCGAGGAUGAGGAGGAGACAGUCACCCGAGGGGCAGGAAGUCGAGGAGGGGGUAACCAUGGCAAUGGGGACCUGAGCAAACCAGGCAUGCAGGUGUGACCAGAGGACAAAGGGAUGCUGAGAAAUCUUUGAUGAACAGACAGGGAGCUGCGGACAGAGAAAAGGAGUUUUUCUUUUCUAUAAAGAGGUUUAAAGUGCACUUUUUUAGAAUGUGUCAACAGUAGUGUUAGAUUAAGAUAAGAGCAGGGCAGGACAGGACAGACUGAUUAGAUUUAUUUAUAUUCUUAUAGGUGGUCACAGAGAACUUGUCUUUUUCUGACAGAUCUGAUGGUUGGUCUUGGUUAAAAGCAUAGAAAUAAU